GUUAAUUGAGAAUCCACUUAACCACUAUUUACUCAUUAUUUUUCAUAAAUUUUGAGAAAAAAGCAUAUAUAUUCACAUAAUGGAGGAUGUACUUAUACUUAAAGAUUACAAAACAGUUCCGGAUAUAGUCCAUGAAUACGGACCAACUCUAAAAUUUGGUCAUAUACCUUUAGUGAUAGACAAUGGUUCUUAUCAGUGCAGAGUUGGAUGGUCAAUAAAUGAUGAGCCUCACUUGAUAUUUAAGAAUCUCAUAGCGCGACCUCGUAAAGAUCGAUGCAAAAAGGAUGCAGAACCACCAGUCACUCCUCCAAUUCAAAUUGGAAAUGAUAUUGUUAAUAUUGAAGCUGUAAGAUUUCAAUUAAAGACACAAUUUGAUAAAAAUAUUGUCACACACUUUGAGGUGCAAGAGCAAGUCUGUGAUUAUAUUUUCUCACAUUUGGGUAUAAAUAGUGAGGGCUGUAUACCACAUCCUAUUGUGAUGACUGAAGCAUUUGUUACUCCUAAUUAUUCAAGGCAAUUGAUGUCAGAGUUAUUAUUUGAAGGCUAUGGUGUUCCAGCAGUUAGCUAUGGCAUCGAUUCUUUAUAUAGCUUCUAUAAAAAUAACAUUGGAGAUACUGGUUUGAUUGUAAACUGUGGAUAUCAUUCUAUACAUAUUAUUCCUGUUCUAAGAGGCAAGGUUGUUGCUGAACAUGCAAGGAGAAUUAAUUUAGGAGGCAGUGAGAUAAUUUGCUAUUUACAUAAAUUGCUGCAGUUGAAGUACCCAGUGCAUGUGAAUGCAAUAACAAUGUCCCGCAUAGAGGAGAUAUUACAUGAGCACUGUUCUGUAGCUCUAGAUUAUCAGGAGGAAAUUAGAAAGUGGGCAAAUCCCGACUAUUAUGAUGCCAAUGUAAAAAGAGUUCAGUUACCAUUUGUACAAAGUUCUAGUUCUUCAGGAUUAACAGCUGAACAACAAAAAGAACGUAAAAAAGAGAUGGCGCGCCGUUUACUGGAAAUAAAUGCGAGGAAACGGGAAGAGAGGCUUGCUGAAGAUGAAGAGCAAUUGAACCAAUUGCUCGCUCUACAGGAUUUAAUUGAAGAUGGAGACACUCAGGAAUUUGAAGAUGCUAUUAAGAGUUUUGAUAUUAAAAGUUAUGCAGAUCUACAACGCCAAAUAUCGAACCUGCACAUGCGCAUAGAAAAGAACAAGCAACGUAUAGCGGCCGCCGCCAACCCAGAUGAGGUUGUGGAAACUCGACCCACGGGCAGGUUCCAACCGCCUUCUGACCCUGAGGCGUUUCAGGCGUGGUUGGCUGAUACGAGAGCUAAGUACACAGAAAUAGUGUCCCGUCGUGAAGCGCGUCGUGCCCGUCGCGCGGCCAUGGUGAAGCGGCGCACGGCGGCCGCGGCCGAGCGCAUGCGAGUCAUAUCGCGGCUGGCUGCGGCUGGGGACGAGUUCGGCAACCAGGACUCUGACUGGGACGUGUAUAAGAGUAUAAGCCGUGACGCCGAUUCCGACUCAGACGCGGACGGCGAGCGGCUUGUAGAGCUUGAGGAGGCUCUGCGCGAGCACGAGCCGCCGCCGCCCUCCGCCACGCACCACCAGCUGCACCUCGCCAUCGAGCCCUAUCGGGCACCGGAAUUAAUGUUCCAACCUUCAAUGAUGGGUAACUUGGAGGCUGGUUUAGCAGAAACAAUGGAAUACGUCUUCAAACACUUCAGUCCUGAAGAUCAGCUCUUGCUGGCAAAUAACGUCUUUCUAACAGGAGGAUGCUCCCAGUUUCCUGGUCUCAAAGAGCGACUGGAAAGAGAACUUCUAGAAAUGCGGCCAUUCCAAUCGACACAUAAAGUGGUAAUGUCAAACAACCCCAGUUUAGACGCGUGGUACGGCGCGAGAGAUUUCGCGGGAAGCAACGAAUUUGAAAACUGGUGUAUUUCCAAAGAAGAAUACUACGAAAUGGGCGGAGAAUACUUGAAAGAACAUCACGCUAGUAAUAAAUACUACAAGAGUCCGGCGCCUAUUGUGGACACCACGAUGGCCCCGGCUGGUGACGCGAAUGUGGUCAAGGAAGAAAUCGUUGUAGAUUGUUAA